AGCCCCCCGCGCACCGCUCUUCUCCGGGGGGUCCGGGCUUGAACUUCUCGGGUGUCCUCCUCGCUCCUCCUCGGCUCCUCCUCGGCUCUUCCCCGGCUCUUCCUCCUCCUCUUCCCCGCGGAUGUGAUGUAAACACGGCCCCCGAGCUCCGUCUCCAGCCCCGUGCCCGUGUCCGAGCCCCACACCGAGCUAACGACGCCUCCCCGGGCUCCGCGCCGCUCCCAGGCCGCUCUGCAGCCCGCUCCUCCGGGCCAGUGACCGCACCAAGGACCGUUACUCGAGCUCCAGGAUGAACCUCUGAGGACCGAGUGUGCGCGCCGAGCCAGGCCGAGCACAGCGCUCCGUCAGGCGGCUACACACGGACCGAGGCCCCGCUGCUGCUGGAGCGACAAAAAGAACAGAGAUGUAGUCCGGUUGUGAUCCUGGUCUUGCUGGAGAACCAUGCUCCUGUGUGUGCUGCUCUUCUUCACUGCUGCAGCCUCUGGACAGAUCGACCCAAGUCUGUGCAGGUACGCUCUGGGUUUGGAGGAUGGACGAAUCAGAAACGAGGCCCUGAGCGCCUCCAGCCAAUGGCAUUUCACCACUGGACCUCAGUACGCCAGGCUGAACCGUGAGGAGGGGGAUGGAGCCUGGUGUCCUCAGGUGGCCUCUGACUCCCAGUACCUACAGGUGGACCUGGGCCGGCUGACGUUCCUCACGGUGGUGGGCACUCAGGGACGAUACGCUCACAACUCUGGGAAUGAGUUUGCCCGAGCAUACCGCCUUAACUACAGCCGAGACGGGGUCCUGUGGAAGUCCUGGAGGAACCGCCAGGGAAACACGGUUCUCGAGGGGAACACAAACGCGUACGCCUCCGUCCUGAACGACCUCCACCCUCCUGUGAUCACGCGCUUCGUCCGAGUUCUGCCUGUGCCCAAACUCUCCUCCACCGUCUGCAUGAGACUCGAGCUGUACGGCUGCAACUGGGAAGACGGUCUGGUGUCGUACUCGGCUCCAGAGGGACACUUCAUGACUCCUCCUGGUCUCCCUGUCGUCAGCCUCAACGACUCCACCUACGACGGCUCCAGACUCAGAGGGCGGUGGGUCGGGGGCCUAGGGCAGCUGACCGAUGGAGUGACCGGUCUGGACGACUUCCUGUCCACGCGGCAGUACCAGGUCCGGCCCGGGUACGACUACAUGGGCUGGAAAAACCAAAGCCUCAGCCACGUGAGCAUCGAGUUCACCUUCGACAGGACCAGAAACUUCACCCACAUGAAGGUCCACAGUAAUAACAUGUUUUCUCGUGGAGUGAAGAUCUUCUCGUCGGUGUCGUGUGAGUUUAAGCCCCGCCUCCUGGGUCGUUUUGGGGCGGAGCGUGUGGAGUUCAGGACGGUCCUGGACGAUCGGAACCCGAGCGCUCGUUACGUGACGGUGCCUUUAGGGCGCGCGGGCCGAGUCGUACGCUGCAACUUCACCUUCGCCGACGUCUGGAUGAUGUUCAGCGAGAUCUCCUUCCACUCAGAAGACGCCGUAGUCACAGAGACGACGCCUCUGAGCGACGAAGAGAAGACGACCUCCGCACCCGUGCUCCACCCGACCGCCACGGUGUCCCCCCACUCAGCGGUGGUGAACGCGUCGUCCAGCCCCGCCCCUGAGGACGGGAGCUCGGCCGUUCUGAUUGGCUGCCUGGUCUCGAUCAUCCUGCUCCUGUUGGUCGUCAUCUUCCUGAUCCUGUGGUGUCAGUGCGUCUGCAAAGUCCUGGAGAAGGCUCCUCGUAGGAUCCUGGAGGAGGAGGUGACGGUGCGACUGUCGUCCUGCAGCGACACCAUCGUCCUCCAGACCCCCCCUGUGCCCCCCCGCAACGCACACACACACGGGGUGAACUCUGACCCUCACUACGAGCGAGUUUUCCUCCUGGACCCUCAGUACCAGAACCCGGCUCAUCUGAGGAACAAACUCCCCGAGCUGUCCCAGAGCGCAGAGGCCUCAGCGUGCGGCGGAGGGUACGCGGAGCCGGACGUGACCCAGUGCACGCCUCACCAGAGCUUCCAGACGUCGGCGCCUCACUACGCCGAGACGGACAUCGUGCGUCUGCAGGGCGUCACCGGGUCCAACAUGUACGCCGUCCCCGCGCUCACCGUCGACUCGCUCACCCGCAAGGACAUCAGCGCCGCCGAGAUCCCACGACACAGACUGCACUUCAGGGAGAAGCUCGGCGAGGGGCAGUUUGGAGAGGUGCACCUGUGUGAGGCCGAGGGUUUGCUCGAGGUUCUGGGCUCGUCGCGCUCAGACUCUCGCUCCGUCCUCGUCGCCGUCAAACAACUGAGACCUGACGCCACCAGCCAGGCCAGAAACGACUUCCUGAAGGAGAUCAAGAUCAUGUCUCGCCUGAACGACCCGAACAUCAUCCGCCUGCUGUGCGUGUGCGUGACCUCUGACCCCCUGUGCAUGGUCACCGAGUACAUGGAGAACGGCGACCUCAACAUGUUCCUGUCGCAGCGCGAGAUCGAGAGCACGCUGACGCACGCCAACAACAUCCCCUCUGUCAGUCUGGCGGAGCUGCUGCACAUGUCCGUUCAGAUCGCCUCCGGGAUGAAGUAUCUGGCGUCUCUGAACUUCGUGCAUCGAGAUCUGGCCACGAGGAACUGCCUCCUGGACCGACGGCUCACCAUCAAGAUCUCAGACUUCGGCAUGAGCAGGAACCUCUACAGCAGCGACUACUACAGGAUCCAGGGCCGAGCCGUGCUGCCCAUACGCUGGAUGGCCUGGGAGAGCAUCCUACUGGGGAAGUUCACGACGGCGAGUGACGUGUGGGCGUUCGGAGUCACUCUGUGGGAGAUGUUCACUCUGUGUAAAGAGCAGCCGUACUCUCUGCUGUCGGACGAGCAGGUCAUCGAGAACACUGGAGAGCACUUCAGGAACCAGGGACGACAGAUUUUCCUGUACGCUCCUCCGCUCUGUCCUCCCUCUCUGUUUGAACUCAUGAUGCGCUGCUGGAGCCGAAACAUCCAGGACCGGCCCACGUUUGAGGGGCUGUACCAGGCGCUCAGACCCCACGCCCAGUGACAGAGGAACCAAAGGAACCAAAGGAACCCGGCAAAAGAACCAAAGGAACCCAAAACUUCACCGGAACUCUACCAAAAAUGAGGCUGUACCAGGCGCUGAGAACCCAUGCCCAGGAAAUCCAGCCACCUGAACCAAAAAAACUUAACCGAGCCUCCGCCAAAAAAAAAACACCAAUCCAUUCGGAACGCCGCCUGCACUCAAACGUUUCAACCGGUAACAAAUGAAAAAAAAACAUGUGACAAAAGGAACCAGAAGCACAACCAUGAAACUUCACCGAAACUUCACCAAAACUCAACGGAAAGAGAGCGUUCCAGAGACUCCGUGUCCAGGGAGCAGCCAAAAGAACCAAAGGAACCAGGGAAAAAUGUCUAAACUGGGUCAGGUCGGAUCACAAUCGGUGGACUGAACUCCUUCCUCUUCUGUAUCACACCGUUCACCUGGAUCUGUUUUCUCAAAACCGCCGCACUUUUCUCUCCUCGUCCGCUCUCCUCUUUCAUCCUCAUCCUCUCUCCUUGGCUGAGUCCAAAUGUCCACUCCAGCCCCAAACCCCUCAAACAAAUUCCUCAAACACUCCACAGACCUGCACACAGUUGCCACGUUUACAUGAGAGCUUUAAUUCCGAAUAAAAACUAUUUAAUUCUGAAUAAAAAUUAAUUCUGAUUUAAAAAGACCAUAUAAACACUUAAUUCCCAAGUCCUGAUUCCCGAGCGUGAGUACCGAGUCCAGAUUCCUGAGUUUGAGUCCCAAUUUCGGAGUUCCGAUUCCUGAGUGUGAGUCACGAUUCCCGAAUUUGAGUCCCGAUUCCCGAGAGUGAUUCCCGAGAGUGAGCCCCGAUUCCUGAGUGUGAAAAUGAUUAUUCGGAAUUAAACUUAAUUCCAAUGUAAGUGGGUGGUUUAUUCAGAUUUUAAAGCCGAAUUAAUUUAUUCCUGGAUCAUGUAAAGGUUUAUUCUUCUUAAAAAUAAUUCCGGUCGUUCGGUGCAUGCUUGUUGGGUCGCCCUUCUGACGCAAUCCAGACGAUCCGGCUCCAGCAGUCCUGGCUUCGGACUGUCAUCCAUGUCUCUGUGGGAGUGGGCUGAGGUAGAACAGCCGUUGACUCAGUUUGUCUUCUUCCUCUCUUCGCCGACACUCUUCCCUUCUCCUCCUCAGCCGACAGACGUAAAGCGUGACGAGAGAAAUCUCCAGCUGCUGCGCAAUUAUCAUCGGAACGACUACGGCAAAAGUUUGGAUGGUGUUUGUGUCCGUGGUGUAACGACAAACCGAGAUGACAGAAAAGUCGGUAGCAGCUGAAGUGUGUGUUUUCUUCCGGUCGACAUAAAUACGCUCGUGUCCCUGUCCGAUCAGAACCCUUCGGAAUUAAAUAAAGGCAAUUUAACAUGUUUUCCAUGUAAACCUCAAUUUGGAAUUAUUAUUUACAUGUAAACUCGAAGGGGAAUAUUUUAAUUCAGAACUAUUUAACUCAGAAUUAAAACCAUCAUGUAAACGUGGCCACAGAGAGAUUUGGACUCACAGCUCACUGCGGUCCAGAGUUUAGAGUCUUAUACUUCCGGAUGAACAGUUCAUUAAAACAAAACACUUGUCUCUGUCCGCUGUUGUUUUUCCGAUUCUCCCAGUGCAUUGUGGUCUUUGAUGACUGGACACUACUUUUCACAGGGCAUUGUGGGAAAUUUUGAGUGCACUACAUUUUCACUCACUGGACAUUUGGACAGGACUAAACACGGCGUGACCCCUGAACAGGCCCUAAGGAGGGGACAGAGUGGACAUUCAGACCCAGACCUGUCACUGCCCGAUUUGGAACCUUUAAUUUAACACUUUGAACUCUUUUACACGUGCUUAUUGUGUUUUCUGAGCUGGAGUCUGAACUGUAGUCCCAGCUGUAGUCCAGGAUGUAGUCCAGGGUGUAGUCCAGGGUGUAGUCCAGGGUGUAGUCCAGGAUGUAGUCCAGGAUGUAGUCCAGGGUGUAGUCCAGGGUGUAGUCCAGGAUGUAGUCCAGGGUGUAGUCCCAGCUGUAGUCCAGGGUGUAGUCCAGGGUGUAGUCCAGGGUGCAGUCCAGGGUGUAGUCCGAGCUGGACCAGAGCUGGAGUCCGACCUGUAGUCUGACCUGUAGUCCGAGCUGGAGUACGACCUGUAGUCCGUGCUGUAGUGUGACCUGUAGUCCAAGUUGAGGUCCGAGCUUGGAGUCCAAGCUGGAGUCCGACCUGGAGUCCGACCUGGAGUCCGACCUGGAGUCCGAACUGUAGUCCGAGUUAGAGUCCAAGCUGGAGUCCGACCUGGAGUCCGACCUGGAGUCCGACCUGGAGUC